AGUACCACACUAUUUGCAUACUACAUAUCAUUGCUCAAAGCAACACAAUUAAAAAGGAGUAUAUUUAGAAAAAAACAACUAGUUGUUCAGCUAACGUAAAAAAAUAUGUUUACAAAGAUUACAUAUCCCAAGGUGAAUAUAACGUCUGCGAUUUAUUAUGCGACUAACGAGUAUUAGAAAACACUGCUAAGAAACUACGAUUAAAGGCAAUUAGGCACUUCCACAAGUAAUAUACAAAUGAGUAUAGUUAAAACUAAGAGACAUUAAGUGUAUUCUUCUACAUAGCCCGACGGAAAGCUGCUACCCCUGACGUGGUGGUCGGGCUUGAACACCGCAAUGUCCCAUCAAGCUAUACUGGCUGGGACUUAUGUCUCUUGAGGUCCUACCAUGCCAGAAAGGUUGUUUGGAUAGCGGUUAGACAAAAAGCAGCCACCCAAUCCAGUACUAUGAUACAAACAAACUCACAAAAUAUCAUGCCGGAUCGGUCAGGGCUGCUAGCCGAUUGGUUGGCACUAAUCUACGUUAAUGUCUAGGUCACUAAUAUGGGCCGUGAGAAAAUAUGAACAAGGCUGAGUCAACAACCAAUCACAGCAAAGUUAACGUGGCAAAAUAUGAUUCGCAGAUAGAGAACUCUAUUUGUCAAGGAAUCCCGAAACAACCAAUCAGAAGCCUGCGUUUGUCUGCCUAACUUCUGAUAAACAACCAAUCAGAUGACUGCGCUUGUCUAUAAUAAUGUAUUUGAAAUAUGUAUAAAUACGUGUUGAUUUUCAUAAUAAAACGAUCUGUUGCCUGGCCCUUGUCUUCUGUUGUUACAUUUGGUGUCGCUGCCUCCAAAAAGAUGAAGAUCCCGUGGCCAGCUGCGUUUGAAGAAGGAGACAUACGGAGCUUCUUACGUGACUUCGAGGCCGUUGCUGAGCUGGUGGGUGUCAAGGAGCAGGCGGCGAAGGCAGUUGUCCUGGGGACGCUGUUGAGAGGCCGAGCGAAGGCUGCAUAUGACAGCGUAGACAGGUCAAAUGGCACAGCGUCUUGGAAGAAAUUGGUUGAACGACUAGUGUCCGAGUUUGACAGCGAAACAGACAGACAGCUAGCAAUGCAGCAGUUCCGGUCAAUGAAGCUUGGACCUGAUGGAGACCCGCUAGUGUUGGCGGUGAAACUGACUAAUCUACUUCGACGCGCGCUUCCCACUUUAGAUGAAGAAUCAGAAGCGCAGUUACUGUCUUCCCAAUUCAUCGAGAGUGUCCCAGACCACAUUUCUCAGCGAUUACAACUGGUUAACGCAACGCAGCCGAUGGAUAUUAGUGAGCUGGCGAAGGUGACCAGACAGCUGCUGAGCACAACGGUAGCCGCUAUAGACCAACCAAAACCAAACGAAUAUGAGCAGAAAAUUGAAGCAUUGCAGCGGGAAGUGGCGGCGUUAAAGUUGGCUGAUAGAAAAGACCGGUGUUUUGAAUGCGGUAAGCCGGGACACUGGAGAAGAUACUGCCCAGAAAGGCGAAAAAGAAAAAAUUUCAGACGGUAUAAUGCUUGUUCUUUCUUUCGUAUGAACCUAGAUUUAGUGGGGGCUAUUGAGAAAGGCGCUCUGUAUUCGAAGUUGCGAGUGAAUGAUCGAGAAGUAGUAUGUUUGAUAGAUACAGGGGCGGCCGUGUCGUUAAUAGAUAAGAAUUUAUGUAAGAGUGUUAGCCCGUGUUCAUUGACAGUACAAACAGUAGGCGGGUAUGUGUUGCGUAUCACGGGUAGAUCGAACUGUACGGUCGUUGUUGGUGGCUGCGAGGUGACGUUUCCUUUCAUUGUUGUACCCGAACUACAGCGAACGAUAUUAGGAGCGGAUUUUCUGCGUGAGAUUGGUGCCAUAAUCGACACGCAAGCGAACGUGGUGGUCACGAAAUACGGGCAUAUCAACAUGUAUGAGACCAGCGAGAUAGCAGCGAUUAAGCUGUCGACGGUACACAAUGUGACAGAGUUAAUUAAUAAAUACGAUCAUCUGUUCACUGGAGAUGGCGACCCAUACGGUUAUUGCGAUAAGGUGAAUCAUGAAAUUCCGUUAAGUGAUCCGAAAGUAAGGUCAUUUACAACGCGAAGAGUUCCAUGUCAUCUGGAAGGCGAAGUGGAGCGACAAGUGCAAGAGAUGUUAAAAGAUGACAUUAUUGAGGAAGCUGAUAGCCCGUACAACUCUCCAGUGCUGUUAGUAAAAAAAGCGAAUGGGAAGUAUAGAUUCUGUGUUGAUUUUCGACAGUUAAACAGUAUGACAGAGUUAAGACCGUGUGCCAUGCCAACAGUGGUAGAAACUUUAGAUCGCCUACAAGGUGCGAAUGUGUUUUCGGUUCUCGAUCUUCGCUCAGGAUACUGGCAGAUACCGAUAAAACAAGGUGAUAGAGAUAAGACGGCUUUCAUCGUGGGUCAGACACAAUAUCGAUUUAAACGCAUGCCGUUUGGACUAGCAGGUGCACCGUUUACGUUCAGACGACUGAUGAAGCUAUUACUUAGGAACUUGAAAAACGUGGAGGUUUAUGGUGAUGAUCUCGUCAUAUACAGUCAAAACGAAAACGAUCACGUCAACCAUGUAGAAGCCGUGCUGCGACGCAUCGAAGAGUUUGGACUACGCGUCAACAAAACCAAGUCCCAGAUAGCCAAAAAGAAUGUUACUCUGUUGGGACAUAAAGUGGGAAAUGGUGAGAUUAAACCACUGCCGGAGAAAAUUUUGACGAUUAAAACGAUUCCAGCCCCGAAUUCAAAGAGAAAACUGAGACAAUUCUUGGGUAGAGCAGCGUUUUAUAGCCGCUUCGUGAAGAACUUCAAUGAGAUAGCAGCCCCUCUAUACAGGCUACUAGGUGAGCCAAAGUUUGUUUGGUCGGAAGAAUCGCAGAGGACAUUCGACAGAAUUAAACAGCUGCUCGACCACCAACAAAUGACGCUAAAACUACCUGUGCCAGGAAGACAGUUCACAGUGUGCACAGAUGCCAGUGACUACGCUAUAGGUGCGGUCCUAAGACAGGACGAGGGAAUCGUUGAGUAUGCCAGUAGGGUUUUGACACUCGCAGAGAGAAAGUAUUCAACGAUAGAGAAAGAAUGUUUAGCAAUGGUAUGGGCAGUCGACAAAUGGAGACCUUAUUUACUCGGCCGGCGGUUCCACAUCGAAACUGAUCAUAAGCCGCUACAAUUUUUGAAGACAGCGAGAGACCCACGGGGGAAGUUGUCACGGUGGAUGUUGCGUCUUCAGGAGUACGAUUUUACGAUCUCACACGUUCCUGGAAGUGAAAAUGUCUUGGCAGAUUUGUUAUCGAGACCAGAAGAUGAGUCUGAGUUGCCCGAGGUCGCUUACGGAGUGCAUGCAGUAGAACAAGACCCACUAAGACUUGCACGUAGGCAGAGGUUGGACGAUACGCUGAAUACAGUAAUACAGGUGAUCACCAACGGAAUAGAAGUGGAUCAAACUACGGCGAGUAAGGAGCUAACCACACUACUCAGACAGAGGGAUCGACUCAGAGUGAAUGCCUACGGGACUCUGACCUGGCGAGAGAACGACGGAAGCUGGCUGGCUGUCAUACCUCAAUCGUCGCGCCACGACAUGAUAGAAGAAUGUCACCAGCUAGCGCAUACAGGCGUGGCCAGAACGACCGACCUCCUAAGACAAAGUAUGUACUGGCCAGGUAUGAGAGAAGACGUAGCAAGAUACGUACUUGGAUGUCCACGGUGCCAGCUGAUGAAAGGUGACCGGUGUAUACGACCACCACUUCAGUCGAUUCCAGUUACCGCGAUAGGUGACUUGUGGUCCGUAGAUGUCAUGGGUCCAUUUCCUCAGACAUCCAAUGGUAAUCAGUACCUCUUGGUGAUGACGGAACACGCGACACGAUGGGUAGACGCCGUAGCAAUCCCAGACCAACGUGCAAGAACCGUGACAGAUGCAGUAGUUAGACACAUUGUUGCAGACCACGGCGUACCGAAGACAAUACUGACAGACCAAGGUCCCUGUUUCGAGAGUGAAGAGUUUACUUCCCGUUUGCAACAGCUGGGCAUCAAGAGGAUCAGAACGACCCCAUACCAUCCACAAACGAAUGGCCUAACGGAGAGAAACAACCGUACACUGAAGGAGUGGCUGGCCUCGAAGGGCGGGAACUGGGAAACGGAGCUUCCACUGAUUUUACUAACACAUCGGGCUACCACUCAGGAAACAACGAAGAAGUCACCCUUCCAACUGAUGUAUGGUAGAAAACCACGAUUACCGGUACACAAUGAGACCUGGCCCAUGCACCAAAAGUGGAGUACGACGAAAUUAAAAGCAGAGAGGAAAGAGGCAGUCAAGAAUGUAAUACGGAAGCAGCGCAGUGAUGUCACGAAGUCUCAGAUGAAAGAAAGGACGCAGUGCAUUACCUUUGCAGUCGGGGACCAAGUGAAGUGUAGAGACAGGAGAUAUACAGUUGGAGGCGGGCUAGGUUCACGGAAACUCCUUCCAAAGUGGGAAGGACCAUACACAAUCACAAAAAGACGGGGUCAAGUAUAUACCAUCCGAAGAGGUGAUAAACAGAAACGAGUUAACGCCAGUCAGCUCCAAAGAUGGGUACAGUGGGACAAGCCGGUCAGUAACAAUCCUCAACUAGAGGAUGUAGCACCCAGAAGGUCGGAACGUCUGCGCACGAAGCUAUUUGACGGGGGGACGAGUGUGGUGAGAGCAGGCUGCUAGCCGAUUGGUUGGCACUAAUCUACGUUAAGGUCUAGGUCACUAAUAUGGGCCGUGAGAAAAUAUGAACAAGGCUGAGUCAACAACCAAUCACAGCAAAGUUAACGUGGCAAAAUAUGAUUCGCAGAUAGAGAACUCUAUUUGUCAAGGAAUCCCGAAACAACCAAUCAGAAGCCUGCGUUUGUCUGCCUAACUUCUGAUAAACAACCAAUCAGAUGACUGCGCUUGUCUAUAAUAAUGUAGUUGAAAUAUGUAUAAAUACGUGUUGAUUUUCAUAAUAAAACGAUCUGUUGCCUGGCCCUUGUCUUCUGUUGUUACACUA